AUGUUGGGCCUGGUGGAAGAUUCACUCACCAAGCCUUCGGCAGCAGCAGUGGGUGUCCCUGUCGGUCUCAGAAUCCUGCUCCAUCGGCCCAGCUUGCGAGAGCAUACGAUGGAGGACCUGAAGAUCCUUUGGCGAACUGACAACAAUCCCAUCGGAACCUUCGUAGAAGCAGAGAAGCAGCUCGAUCUGUGCCGUCUACGAGACCGCCAACUCCGAAGUGAAGCCGCAGCUGCACAAGCUUCGCCAAGCCAAAUGCGCGACAAAGAGCAGCGUGCUCUGAGGUUCGCAGCGUAUUACUGCAGUGCCACUCAGAGUACUGGAGCACAGUACGUAAUGUAA